UGACUUACGUGAUUGCUAGUGUUCAAGACGGGACAAGACGCACUGGCACAAGACAAGGGGAAGACGCAGGCUAUAUACACACACAGAAAGGGGAGGACACAGGUGCAGACAAUUAGGGCCAACGACACAGGUGCACACAAUUGGGGGAAGUCAAGUGGCCUGACGCGCAGAGGAAGGACCCACGAACUGAAACGAGAGGAGAGUUACCAAAACAAAACAGGAAGUGACAAUACGAAGAACAGGACAAGACAAAAACAACCCACAAAACACGACAGCAUGACAAAAAGACUCACUCGAGAUCAGCAGUAUGAAGGAACUCCUUAGCUCUGGGACUAUUCAGCAGAUCCUGUGGUCAGCGACUAAGGAGUAACUCGCUGACUGUUCGACCAAGAAAGGGGCGUCUGCACUCGUUUUGCUGUGGGCCCUCAGUGAAGACGCAUAUACGACAAAAUGUAUACUGGCAAUGACAACUUGUUGAUGUCACCUGACAUCUUUCCAACCAAUGGUUACCUGUCCAGAGGUUCCAGGACCCAGCAUCACACCACCAACUAUUUGCCAAGUGUUUCCUAUAGCUUGGACCAUCUGGACCGCCUGGAUGACCAGGUGAGCAAUUAUUUCAAAGGAUCACAUACUGCAAUGUAAAACGUUUUUUGUAAGACUUUUUAAUAGCUCGUAUACAAAUUCAUGUAUGUUCUGUUGAAAAAAAACAAAUCUUUUGUGUGAAUGUGUCUGAACAGAACUUGAAGCAAUUAUUUUCUCAGCUCAUUUGAGCUCAACUACAGGCUGGGAGCAGUAACUGAAAUAUAGUGUCAUUCACUUGUGAAUCUUUGCGAAUGACCAGUAAGCCAGGGUCAGAUGGUGAAAGAAUACUAUAUCUACAGUCGUAUGCAAACGUUUGGGCACCCCUAAUCAUUUUCAAGAUUUUCCUUUAUAAAUCAUUGGUUGUUCGAAUCAGCAAUUUCAGUUAAAUAUAUCAUAUCAGACAAACAUAGCGAUAUUUGAGAAUUGAAAUGAAGUUUAUAGGAUUUAUAGAAAGUGUGCAAUCAUUACUUAAUGAUAUCAAUAUUUAGUAGAUCCUCCUUUUGCGAAAUAACAGCCUCUAAAUCUCAAUCUUUUUUAUUUGCCAAGUUUGAGCAUGCCAAACAAGGAAUUUGACUCUGGUAGAUCUCGGCCUCUGUAACCACAUUUUGGUAGCUAACAACAUUCAGACGUGCAGAAAUCGCCAAUUAUUCUCAAACAUCCCCUGAUCUUAAACUCCCAGAAGAGCAAGGAAAAAGUCAAAACUCCUACUAGGGGAAAUGAGAAACCUUUAGAAAGACACCAGGGCGGCUUGGUGGCGCACUGGGUAGCACGUCCGCCUCACAGUUAGGAGGGUGCGGGUUCGAUUCCAUCUCCGGCCCUCCCUGUGUGGAGUUUGCAUGUUCUCCCCGGGCCCGCGUGGGUUUUCUCCGGGCACUCCGGUUUCCUCCCACAUCCCAAAAACAUGUUUGAUAGGCCGAUUGAAGACUUCAAAUUCUCCCUAGGUGUGAGUGCGAGUGCAAAUGGUUGUUUGUCUCUGUGUGCCCUGCGAUUGGCUGGCAACUGGUUCAGAGUGUCCCCCGCCUACUGCCCGAUGACGGCUGGGAUAGGCUCCAGCACCCCCAUGGGGACUAAGCGGUUCAGAAAAUGGAUGGAUGGAUGGAUGGAUGGAUGGAUGGAUGGAUGGAUGGAUGGAUGGAUGGAUGGGUGGAUGGAUGGGUGGAUGGAUGGAUUUUCUUUUUGAGAGACCACAGAUGGGAGUGUCCCUCUUCCAGGAUGACCAGGCUGCAAUGGAUGCAGAGAAGACACAUAGUACACAUAAUAUGGACAAUCCAAAGGUAAAGCAUCAAGAGCAGGAUGUUAUUGCACAGUAAUGUCUCUGAGACUCUAUGAGUGGUGUGAGUUCAUCAGAGCGACAACCUAGGGGAAGAAGCUGUGUCUGUGUCUCCUGGUUUUGGCGUACAGCGCUCUGUAACGCCGUCCGGAGGGGAGUAGUUCGAACAGACAGCGACCUGGGUGAGAAGGAUCCAUAGAGAUGUUACUUGCACGUUUCCUGGUUGUGGCCAGGUACAAAUCCUGGAUAGAUGGGAGGUUGGUCCCGAUUAUCUUUUCUGGUCAGGGAGGAGGCAGAGUACAUGUUUACAGAGGUAAGAGGCAAACCUGUGUCUUCUGUGUGGAGAAAAUGUGGCUGUAAUGAAAUAAUUUAAUUUAAGAAAGCACUAUCAAACGUCUAAGAAACACACAGACAAAGAAAAGGAUAUGGAACAUGAACAAAAGCUACAGAAGGUGGAAGAAUUAAAACAAGGCCUUAAGUCCAGACUGGCUAUGUUCACAUAUGCUAAAUCACAAACCGAGGCUGCUGUCAAAGCUAGCUUUAUUGUGGCAAAAGAGAUCGCAAAAUCAGCCCGGCCCUUUGCAGAAGGAGAGUUUAUCAAAAACUAUGCUUGAAGUUUGUGACGCAGUGUGCCCAGACAAAAGACAACUAUUUUUUAAUUCAGUUACAUUUUUACAUUUGUUUCUACAAGACGUGAUUUUUCUUUGAAGGAAGUAUUGUUUGGUCUGUGUGCCAUAAAUGUUUGUAUUUUAUGUAUUUAUAUUUAUUUUUCAGUUGAAUGGACUCAGGGAAAAUUGCAGAUAAGAGCCAUGAGAAAGAAUACAACUGAUUUGAUUAAUUUUUUUAUUUUACUAUUUGAAAGCAGUGAUCGGUAGAUCAUAGAGCAGCACAAUAAUACAUUUUCAGUUUAUAAUGCAUGCACUUUUAUUUAUGCAUUUAUCUUGAUAUUCAGAAAUACAUUUUGGUUUUAAAAACAAUUUAAUUUUUUGCUGUUUGGCUGUUGAAAAUGUUUUCCCUUGAAGUUACUGACAGAGCCAUAACAGAAUAUUGCCAUAUUCAUUUAAUCAUCAAAUAAUGUACACUGUGUUAGGUCUUGGUUCAAUAGGCUAUGUGCAAUCAUUUCGAUAUGUUUUAAUAAACAUUGAACCAGUCCGGCGCUCGGCUUGCAGCAAAUUUGUUUUUUUUGGCCCUCGGUGUGUUUGACUUUGACAUCCCUGCUUAAGUGCUCACAUUUCUACAUACAUAGCUUGUAUAUACAGUAUGAGGGUCAAUGUUCAAGUAUCCCUUUAAUGAAUCAAAAUAUUGAAAAAUGUACUUCUGUGUUGUUCCAGGCUCCUGAAAUGGCGGCAUGUCAGCCCAAAUCUGAGAGUUGUCUGCUUGGCUGUUACAACACUGGAAAAAUGGAAAAUAAGAUUUUCUCAAGACAGUCCCACUACCGCCCCGCCUGGCGUCCUUUGGGCUACAUUCCUCUCAAUGAGCUGGACAGCAGACUGGGCUGUAGCCCCGACAGCCCACAUCACCGGGUGCCCCUCUCCGAGGCUGAGACUGAUGCUAUGUCGUCACUACCAGGCAACACCCCCUCCUCACAGGGGUCAUCAUCUUCCUCCGAGUCUCUGAUUUCUUCGGAACCCAGCGACUCAGGUUUCCACAGUGUUAGCACUGGCGAGAACCGGUGUCUCCCCAAGAUCCAUAGACACGCACACCACCUACGCUUGGGUCACUCCCCUCACGAGCAGAGAAGCCGCUGGGAUCUGGAGUCUAUCCCUGAGACCAUGCCCUUGAGUCAUACGGGGGCACAGCAGUCUUCUCGUUGCACAAUGGCCAAGAGCACAACCUCCAAGGUGCACAUCCACCGAGGCGAGAGGAGUCCCACUUUGCAUCGCAACCGCUCACCAACUUCAUCUUCUUCUGGUUGCCGAACAGAGCCUUGCCAACGGAGAGCGCUGUGGCUGGAGCAGCGCCAAGCAAGAGGGAGCCAUAGAAUCGAAGGAGCAGGACGCAGUCAGACUGUAAUGGAUUUGAGUAAGGCCCAGCGGCGCUGCAGUACAAUUCACCCUAUGAAUAUUGAAUCAAACCUGGUUACAGAGCAGGUCCAUAGCAGCCAACCGCAUCCAACCAACAACAUGCUGUUCCUGAGCAGCCGGGCCCAUUAUCAUUCUCGCUUCAGCAUGGAUAGAACCAGCCUGAUCAGUCACCCAAACACAACCAGAUCCGGACAGAGUGCAGAGGGUUGUAGGGAAGAGGACUCGAGGAGUCAUGGUUUGGUUUCUUGUGGCGGUCCAACAGACUGGCGUGCAUUUCAAACUCUGGGAAAUCAAACCAGAAUCCAAAAAGCUUCUGCUGCUCCAUAUUACAACACUCUAAGAGCACACUGGAACCCCUGCUCUCCGCCUUACCCCCACUGUCACCAGUCCAAUCAAAAGUCUGUCAGGAAUCAGCUGCUCAGGGCCAGAGCUUAUAGGCUGGCAAAGGAACGCAGUGAGGUCACCACCGACGAGGAGGAGUGUGGAGAAUUGGACCAACUGGGGGGUCACCUACGGGUGGACGGGUCCUGGGCUGGCCGGUAUUGCAAUCGAGCUGAAAGGAGACGUCACCUAUUCCUGUCACGUCAGCACAGAGAGGGACGCAAUGAAGAGGCAGCGGUAGGUGGAGGCCAGAGCUCGUUGUCAUCCCAGAUGGUUCUGGAGUUGAGCCACAGGAAGCAGAACCGAUUGAGGAACAGCAAGCUCCUUGAUGAUUGGACAACAGUGGAAGAACUACUCACCCAUGGGACUCGAAUGGAGGUGGACUCUCAACUCUGCCCCAGCCCUCUGCUAUCUGUUACUACUGUCUGAAGGUGUGGAAGCCUCACACCUAAUGAGGCUAGGCUGACACAUCCUUCCAAUUCACGUUCUUUGUUUGUUAGCUUAUAAUCAAUACAGUUUAGGUGAUAAUGUUGACACUAGCUGUGGAAGGCACGUUGUUGACCCAUUACCAUUGAAUCGUCAGAAGACAGCAAGCCCAGUUCAGUACUUUAGAUUGGCCAAUAAUUUGUGAAAAUAACAUACACGUGGGGAUUGACUAAUCCUAUAUAUUUGUGAAGAAAAUAUUAUAUUAACGAAAUGUGAAUAUGAAAAGUUUCAACCUGACACCAGUGAAUUAUACUUCUUUGUAUGCCUGACAACUGACCUUUCACUAACGGUGUAUUCAGACCAGAAAAGUCAUUUAGUCCACUUGCAUGGUCAGGGUCAAAAACGGACUCAAUUCUUUUCAUUUGCUGCGGUUCCUAUUCAGAUUACAUUUUGCAAGUGAAGUAUAUUUUGUAAACACAUCCACGCUUGUGACGAUCUCCCAUUGGACAGCAAUGACCAGGGCGGCACACAGAGCACAGACCCGGAUGGAAGAAAACAUGCAAGUCCUACACGCUGCAUUCCUGCUCUGCAUACCUGUGCUUUUGGUUCAGAUCUUCGCUGUUUGUAAUCAGACAUGAAGCAAACCACACCAGAGUUUGUUUGGAGGCGAACCGAAACCACUUUAAAAGUGGUCCAGUUCUUUAAUCUGCACCAGGAUUCGUUUGUGUGUAUUCACACUUACAUAAAAGUCCGGACCAGUGGUAGAAUCGAACCCUGCUCCUUUUAAAGUGGACCAAACAGUCAGGUCUGAAUACACCCUAAGGCAGGCAUGUCCAAACUCCGGCCCGCGGGCCAAAUCCGGCCCCCGAUCAGAUUUCAUAUGGCCCGCAGCUUUGGUCUUAUAAUGUAUUAUUUAUGGACCGCCUGCACUGUCAAACUGAAUAUUAAAAAAAAAAUUAAACUUGAACCUGUAAUUCCUCCUAUUACCAAAGGGUGGCGGCACCACCCUACGCCGCUCAUUUCUGCCAUGGCGACUGCAAAGAAAACGAGGACAGUUGACAUUGAGGAACUUCGCUUUCAAGAGAAAUGGGAAUUACAAUACUUCGCUGAAAAUCAAGGCAAUAGAGGCUUUGCAGCUGACGUCAUCAGCCGCGCACAUUAGCUUGGCGGCCAUCUUGCCGGUCAACAUUUCAGUGCCGAUCAACGACUCACACACGCUUUCUUGUUACAUCUGCUGCUAUUUGAGCUUGAAAAUGCCGGAAACCUGCUAUGCUGUUGGAUGUAGCAAUAGACGAGGCGAUAAACCAAAUCUUAGCUUCUAUAGAUUUCCGGCAAACAUCCAAAAACGCGAUAAAUGGAUCGCGGCGAUUCGUCGUGAACGAUGGAAACCUAUGAUUUACACAAGGAUAUGCAAUGGGCACUUCAUAUCAGGUAUGUAAACAAACUAUUCACCCCUCAUUUGUUUCACAAAAUGUGAAAUAAUACAAUAUGGGAUGGUACAAAUAUGAUUGUUGAAAAUGCUGGGUGCAUUUUUAGAAAGGCAGCAAGAGCAGCAAGGCAGGGAAUGGGAUGAUUUCUUCAGUUCAACCCCCGUUUUUAUUUUUUUGUUUAUUUUUUCAUGAUGCUUCAUCUGAUUAGCUUGAAAACUUUAUCAAUGUAAAUAUUGAACUUCAUAUUGGAAUUGAACAAUUAAUUCUCAUGAGUGAAUGCAUUAGAAAAUUUCCCCCAAAAAUAUGAACCUUGUGAAACAAUUUUUUUUAAUGAGGCAUUUUUGACAAGUUUUCUUGUUGUGCCAACUUUUUGUUACUUCAUUUGGCACAAGGUAAAAUCUACAUUGGUAAAGUUUUCAAGCCAUUGGCACAAGGUUAAAAACAUCUAUUGGUUAAGUUUUCAAGCCAAUCAGAUGAGGCAUCAUGCAAAAAUAAACAAAACAAUUAAAAUGGUAGCAACUUGUACAGACAGGUACAGUAUCUGAAUGAUUUCACUCUAUUCAGUUUUUUAAUAUGUCAAGUUAUGAAAUGCCAUUACGAAACAGAUUGAACUGGCUAUAUCCACUUCAACAAUGUGCUUAAUUAUUUAUGGUAGUCAUUAUGAAUAAUGUGAUUGUUUAAUUGUUUCAGGUGCAAAAAGUGAAGAUCCACUAUCCCCAGACUAUGUGCCAAGUAUAUUUGAGCAUACCCAGUCACCUCACAAACGAAAACUCAAAUGUUCAAUGAAGAUCUUUGAGAGAAGACAAAAUCUCAAGCAGCGCAAGAGAGACCGCGAGAGGGCAUUGGCAGCAGCAGCAGCACUUGUCAAUAUUUCCCAGUCUGUCCCUUGUGAAAAUGAUCAACUACCCGCUGGUGAAGAUGUGGUGCACGCUAAGAUUCGAAAAGGCAUGGUGACUACUGCCACACAGACGGAUAUCACUGGGGAAGCAAUGGAUUCCCUCACUGCAGAGUGUAAAAAUCUGCGUGCAGAACUUGAUGAACUAAUUCGCCCAGCUCUUUGUUGAAACCAAGUUGUUGAUGUUGCUUGGCCCCUGGACUCUUCUUCAACCGCAGAUAUCUGAAAAACAUUUUAAUAAAAAUUGUUUUCACUAUGAUUAGAUUAUUUGUAACAGGUUGGAGAACAAUAAAUUAUUUAUGAUAUAUAUAUUCAUCACUAAGUGCGAGAAAAAUACAAACCUGCUCUCUGGUAAUGGAAUGUAACUUUUCCAGCUCUGACCGGCAUUUUAGCGCAAGUUCAUCUGGGCUGAGUUUCAUAUUGCCAGAAUCGUGCAGCUGUGAGAGAGGUACAGGAAGCUUUCGCUUCACUGCCCUUGGCACAAAGUUGUCAGCAUAGUCAGGGACAAUGCUCAAAAUUGCUGGUCUUCCACCACAUCCAGACAAAGCCGUGUAAAAGGCAGCUUUCUGCUCUUCAGUUGGUGGAGGAACAUUCAUCAGUUUUCUCGCGGCACUUUCCUCAGAAGUUGAAACUUUUGACUUUUGUUUCUGGGCUGGACGGGCAAAAUCGAUAUUGCAUCCUUCAGCAUAUUCUAUGUGCGAUGCUGAUGGUUUCAGCCACUGACAAGGUAGUGAUGUGCAUGAAGUGGCCGCCUUCAUACGUAUUAAUGUCUCCAGGGCGAACAGGGAUGCUGCUGAAUGUGAACAUGUUUCACCCAAUCCAGCCAUGCAGGUACAGUGGCAGCACAGGAUCUGACCAUCUUUCGCUAUUGCUACCCAAGGUCUGAGGGGAGGAUCAUUCAUCCGUUGAGAGUGUUUUACCUGAAACAGAUAAUGAAUGACAUACCUUAUAUUAUUAUCAGUCCCUAAUUUGGGUAUAAUAUACAAGGCUAGACCUCUUACUGUCCAUUUAUGCAUAUUUUACCUGGCAUUUGGUAAAUUUUCUCAUCAAUCAUUCUGUUAGAAUAAUUAGUUUUGCUGAAGCGCUGGUCGGCCUGGAACCGAAGGUCACAUAUCUUCGGUCAAGUCAACAUAUGUGCCUUAUGAGCCUUGGGGGAGUCCUUAUACUCCCUUCCUUGUCUUAUCUGUGAAGAGGCCCUCACUAGUUAGAAACAGAACACCUUUGUUCUUUGUUCUUUGUUAGUUCAAUAGAAGUCCUUUCUCUGUUAAUUGUUUUGUCCAAGACAGUUUUUAGUUAUCCCAUAUUUACUCAAUGUUUGUUUAAGUAGACUUCAUGCAAGUUAUCUCACAUCUACUUAACCUUUGUUAGAGUGUUUGCACGAGAGGUAUCUGAUUAUUUACUUAUUAUUAUUAUUAUUGUGUGAAAUGUAGCAAGAAAGUCUAGAGCAUUGUUUUACAGAGACACGGCAUCCAGGUUUAGAGAUUGCAGCCUGGAACGAGGCUGCCAACCAUCUAAGAACAGACUCUGCAUUCCUGGGGUCACGGAUCGGCCAAGGCCAUGCGGCCUCGCACCACACAACAUUAUUAGCUAGCUGAAACAGCGUUGCUACAGACACACUCUCCCCUCCCUUUAGUGUAGCAACGCCUCUUGUAACCAGGGCAACCCAAUAUAAAAAGAGGAGAUGACGGUAGGGCAGGUCAGAAUUGGUGGAGGACUGUGAACUGGGCCUUCUACCUAAUUCUCCUCGCGAGCAAAAGAAUACUGGUUGUCUUCUCCUCUUUGUUUCCAGCGUGUAAAUAAAUGUCUGAUGGUAUUUAGACCUGACAUUUUAUUGGUCCUUCGAGCCGGAUGCCAAUACACCCGAGGAUUCCAGCGGGCGGCAGCGGAGAUCCAGAUAGACCGCGCGCGGCAGGACCUCCCUAGGUGAGGUCCUAGAAUCCUUUUCAAGGGCUGGCUGUCUGCUCGUCAGCUGGGGUCCAGAGGUUGAAGGCAAUCCGAAGUGCAGAGGUGAAGAGAACCAGAGGGUGAGUUUGUUUUUGUUUAAAAGUGUGGUGCGGCCGAGGGCUCGUCGUGCCCUAUAAAAGUCCUAGGACAGAACGGAGAGGUCCGUUCUAAAGGUACCAAAACGGAGAGGUCCGUUGAAAUAAAAGGACAGAGGUGUCCAAGAAAAGUUACAAAACGGAGAUGUCCGUCUAAAGUAACAAAAC